AUGUACCAGAGCCUGGCCAUGGCCGCCAACCACGGUCCCCCUCCGGGGCCCUACGAGGCGGGCGGCCCGGGCGCCUUCAUGCACGGCGCGGGCGCCGCGUCCUCGCCGGUCUACGUGCCCACGCCGCGGGUGCCCUCGUCCGUGCUCGGCCUGUCCUACCUCCAGGGCGGAGGCGGGGGCACCGUGUCCGGGGCCGCCUCAGGCGGCAGCUCAGGGGCCGCGCCGUCGGGCGCAGGUCCCGGGACCCAGCAGGGCAGCCCGGGCUGGAGCCAGGCGGGGGCCGAGGGGGCCGCCUACACCCCGCCGCCCGUGUCGCCGCGCUUCUCCUUCCCGGGCACCACCGGGUCCCUGGCCGCCGCCGCCGCCGCCGCUGCAGCCCGGGAAGCCGCGGCCUACAGCAGUGGCGGCGGGGCGGCGGGCGCCGGCCUGGCAGGCCGCGAGCAGUACGGGCGAGCUGGCUUCGCGGGCUCCUACUCCAGCCCCUACCCCGCCUACAUGGCCGACGUGGGCGCGUCCUGGGCCGCGGCCGCCGCCGCCUCCGCCGGCCCGUUCGACAGCCCGGUUCUGCACAGCCUGCCCGGCCGGGCCAACCCUGCGGCCCGACACCCCAAUCUCGUAGACAUGUUUGAUGACUUCUCGGAAGGCAGAGAGUGUGUCAACUGCGGGGCCAUGUCCACCCCGCUGUGGCGGCGGGAUGGGACGGGACACUACCUGUGCAACGCCUGCGGCCUCUACCACAAGAUGAAUGGUAUCAACCGGCCCCUCAUCAAGCCCCAGCGCCGCCUGUCCGCCUCCCGCCGAGUGGGCCUCUCCUGUGCCAACUGCCAGACUACCACCACCACUCUGUGGCGCCGCAACGCUGAGGGCGAGCCCGUGUGCAAUGCCUGCGGCCUCUACAUGAAGCUCCACGGCGUCCCCAGGCCUCUUGCGAUGCGGAAAGAGGGGAUUCAAACCAGAAAACGGAAGCCCAAGAACCUUAACAAAUCGAAGACACCAGCAGGUCCCUCGGGCAGUGAGAGCCUCCCUCCCACCACCAGCGCUUCCAGCAGCAGCGCGGAAGAGAUGCGUCCCAUCAAGACAGAGCCUGGGCUGUCAUCCCACUAUGGGCACGGCAGCUCCCUGUCGCAGACGUUCUCGGUCAGCGCGAUGUCUGGCCACGGGUCCUCCAUCCACCCAGUCCUCUCGGCCCUGAAGCUCUCUCCGCAAGGUUAUGCGUCUUCUGUCAGCCAGUCACCGCAGGCCAGCUCCAAGCAGGACCCUUGGAACAGCCUGGCCUUGGCUGACAGUCACGGGGACAUAAUCACUGCAUAAUGUCACCUCCUUCCCUCCUUGGAUUCCUGCAUGGACUUUGGGACUCGGAGGAUGGCAGAGAUGAGGCUCUGGGCUCCCAGGGGCCGGCCUGCUCUGUCUGGGAAGGACUCCAGACAACAACUGGGAAGAAACUUGAAGUCAAUGAUUUGGUUAGGGGAGCGGGCGCUGGAUUUUUUCGGAUAGCUUUUCAAGGUGGGGGACUGGAGAGAGCACAGACUCUGAUCUGGAGGAGCCCCCCCUUCACUAGGAGCACACUUUAAGCCCCUUCCACGGAGUGGCGGACUCUUUCUCAUUUUCUGCCUCACCACCCCUGACAAGAGACGAGAUGUCCUUCUCCCUUGUCUUUCCACCGCUGUGGCCCGAAAUGGUGGUUUUUCCACGGUGUUCCUGGCACGGGGGAUCCGAGGGCAGGGUGCCGGGGCCCCUGCUCCAGCCUAAAUCAGGGUAUCUGAUGGACAUGUGUUUGGACGCCUUGGCCCCUUGGCGGGUCCUGCCCUCGCCCAACACUCCCCUUCCGGCUCGGCACACCUGCA